UGGGGUUCAUAGCAAAGAAGGCACCUAGCCUCCGAGUGUGGCUUCUGGGCAGCAGAAUGUUAGUCUGGUCCUCUUUGGGACCUGGGUGUGUGUCGGGAGAGCUGACGUCUGGCCUCCUCUGAAGCAGAGCCCUCCCUGCAGGUUUCUGAACCCAAGUUCCACUUGGCAGUUGGGAAGGAUACCAGGGACAGAACAACGCCAAGCUGGCCCUGACUGUGUGAAGAAGAGCUCGGGCCGCCAUUUGCCAGGCGAGGCAGACUAGGUUAUCUCCAAGCCCAGCUGGUGCAGAGGCCUUGAGAGACGGAGCCUGCCUGAGAAUGCCCCCCUGCCUGCCUUUCAGCGGCCUGCCUCCCACUCCCAGCUGCAGCUGGAAAACAAGGACCUGGCUGAUUGUUGGGAAGGAGGAAACAACCCAGCAGAACACCCGGAAAUGUAUGUAGACCGGGGCUGCUAAGACAUCCACCACUAGGGCUGUUGCUUUUUGGAUGCAACUUCAAGCAAGGAACUGGACUUUUCUUCCCUUCUGGAGAAUUGCAGCCCAUCAAUCAUGCUACAUUUUAAUUCGAAAGAGGUCCGUCAGCUCCUGCACAACAAGUUUCUUGUCGUCAUAGGUGACUCAAUCCAGAGGUCUGUCUACAAGGAUCUCGUCCAGUUGCUGCAAAGUGAUUCCUUGCUCACCUCUUCGCAGCUGAAAACUAAGGGAGAGAUCUGCUUUGAAAACGACCACUUGGUGGAAGGGGGUGUGCUGCGGCAGCUACACAACGAGACCCAUUACCGCGAGGUGCGGCAGUACUGCACGCAGCACCACCUCGUCCGCUUCUACUUCAUCACACGGGUCUACUCGGAGUACCUGGAGAGCAUCCUGGCCGACUUCCAGGCUGGGCCGCCCCCCGACGUGCUGAUCCUCAACUCCUGUGUCUGGGACGUCUCGAGGUAUGGCCCAUCCUCCAUGCAGGAAUACCGCAAGAACCUGGAGACGGUCUUCAACAGACUGGAUGCCGUCCUCCCUGUCUCCUGCUUGGUCAUCUGGAACAUGACCAUGCCGCUAGGACCCAGGAUCACCGGGGGAUUCCUGAGUGGAGAACUGCCGCACCUGUGCCAAACCCUCCGCAAUGACAUCAUCGAGGGCAACUUCUAUGGCGCCACGCUGGCUGGCUUCCACCUCUUUGACGUGCUGGACCUGCACUACAACUUCCGCCGGGACCUGGGGAACCGGGUCAAGGACGGCAUCCACUGGAACAACGUCGUGCAUCGCAGGAUCACCAACCUGCUGCUGACCCACGUGGCUGAUGCAUGGGGCGUCGUCAUCCCGGGCAAGAAGCCUCAGGGAGGCCCCGUGUGGGAGAAGCCAACGGUGUCUCUUGCCCUCCUGCCUGCAUGCCCCCCUCCGCGGGCGGCCCCUGCCUAUCGUGACCAGCGCGGGCCCCUUCACCCGGAUGGGCCUGACUUCCAUGAGGACUCCUUCUAUGUUCCCAGCCCCAGGGGGCCCGGCCAGCCCAUCGCUGGAUUCAUCAGCUUCGAGGAUUCCCGCUUCCCCUCCUUCCACCUGGAUGCUGUGGCGCUUAACAACAUCCGUGAGUUCGACAUUCCACCCAGCCAGCCUCACUUCUCGGCGUACCCCUUGCACAACGAGAACCUUCCCCCCUGCUCCAGCCGACGGAGCAGACGGAGGGCCAAGCAUCACUGCGGCUUGACCAUGCACCGGCAACCCUUCGGUGGGCGAGAAGACGUCCCAUACAGGAGGACCCGCAACGUCCCCUAUGAUCACUUCUAAGGAGAACUGGUUGGAGCGGAGCGAGGAGGCAUACCGGGAAGGAUUUUAUCUCCACGAAUGCCGCCCCCCGAGGCCUGUGCCUGUUGCACUAAUAUCGAUUGUGUCACGUGGGGUCCCUUGUCUGUGGCCAAGAUAUUUGCUUAUGAUAGUCGGGUUUCUGUUUAAGAUGUCGCAGUUUUUAUGUACAUGUGACUGCGGGGCCUUUUGUGAGCCUUCAGGUUUUGAGCACGUGUGGGGCUUGUUUCUUUCACACUAUGCUGGCUGGUCUGGGAGGUGUUUCUUGUAUUAAGUACAUCUUUGGAACUCCUGCCCACAGGAAGACAGAUCCUUGAUCCCUUCGGCAUUGUUAAGCCCACAAGGAUUCUGGUUUUGAAUGAGCAAUCUUGCAAUUCCUGCUUUGUAGUUGACUGUCUUUCUACAAACAAGCUGGACAUUUUGGUUAGCCUCUUCUCUGUCUGUCUUCUAUUUUAAAUGUCCUUCCUAAAAGUGGGAGUGGCGGCGGCGGGGGGGGGGGAGAUGCCUGAACCCUCUCGCCUUCCCUCUUCAAGCAUGCUUUGAGGGCACAGUGGAUGUUACUCAGGACAACGUCAAGCUACUGACGUCGCUGUUGAAUGUGUUGGUAUGCAAGUCUUGAUUCUGCAACCUUAAAAGAAGCUGCAAAUCUGUUGUCCUUUCUGUUUGGGUUGUUGUUGGUUUAUCAUUAUGGGUUGAUCUUCCAUUUAAAAGGGAAGCUCUUUAAUUUGCAUGUUCCGCUCGUGUUUUGAUAUUAAAACCUUCCCCCCUACA